GUGUGAGCCGCGCGGGCCGCCGUAGUCAGCUGCUGCGAGCAGGAAGUGUCCGAGGAGCGGGCGGAGACUGCACGAUGGCCCCGGACCCCUGGUUCUCCACAUACGAUUCUACUUGCCAAAUUGCACAAGAGAUUGCUGAGAAAAUUCAACAGCGGAAUCGAUAUGAAAGAAAUGGUGAAAAUACAACCAAGCUUACCGUGACAAUCAGAGCUUUGUUGCAGAAUCUGAAGGAAAAGAUCGCCCUUUUGAAGGACUUAUUGCUAAGAGCUGUGUCAACACAUCAGAUAACACAGCUUGAAGGAGACCGAAGACAGAACCUAUUGGAUGAUCUUGUAACUCGAGAGAGACUACUUCUGGCAUCCUUUAAGAACGAGGGUGCAGAACCAGAUCUCAUCAGGUCCAGCCUGAUGACCGGAGGGGCUAAGCGAGGAGUACCCAGCCCUUGGCUCUUGGAGGAGCCAGAGGAGACCAGAGGCGUGGGUGUUGAUGGAAUCCGACAGCAGCAGCAGCAGAUCAUCCAAGAACAAGAUGCAGGCCUCGAUGCCCUUUGCUCUAUUAUAAGUCGCCAAAAACAAAUGGGUCAAGAAAUUGGGAAUGAACUGGAUGAACAAAAUGAGAUAAUUGAUGACCUCACCAACCUGGUGGAGAAUACAGACGAGAAACUCCGGACUGAAACCCGACGUGUGAAUGUGGUGGACAGAAAGUCAACAUCUUGUGGGAUGAUAAUGGUGAUCUUACUGCUGCUCGUGGCCAUCGUGGUCAUUGCCGUCUGGCCCACCCGCUAGUGGCCAUAAAGGGACCAACAGCCGUGACACCCGCCAGUCAGAUGGAGAAAGCUCAGCACCCUUUCAGCACAUGAAAGCUGCUGUCAAUAAAUCCCCCCAAAGCCCUGA